UCGCAGCUCUGACUUCCAACAUGGCGCACGCUGGCGGCGGCGGCGGCCCCGCGGGCCGGGGAUUGAGCGGCGCCCGCUGGGGUCGCUCUGGCUCCGCGGGCCACGAGAAGCUGCCGGUGCACGUGGAGGACGCCCUCCCCUACCUGGACCAGGUGAAGAUCCGCUUUGGCAGCGAUCCUGCCACCUACAACGGCUUCCUGGAGAUCAUGAAGGAGUUCAAAAGCCAGAGCAUUGAUACUCCUGGAGUCAUCAGACGUGUCUCACAGCUCUUUCACGAGCACCCUGACCUCAUUGUUGGAUUCAACGCUUUCCUUCCCCUCGGAUACAGAAUAGACAUUCCCAAGAAUGGCAAGUUAAACAUACAGUCGCCUCUGACAAGCCAGGAAAAUUCACACAACCACAGUGACUGUGCAGAGGACUUCAAGCAACAGAUGCCAUAUAAGGAAGACAAACCCCAGGUGCCCUUGGAGUCGGAUUCCGUGGAAUUCAACAACGCCAUCAGCUACGUGAAUAAGAUCAAGACCCGCUUCCUGGACCACCCGGAAAUCUACAGGUCCUUCCUGGAGAUACUGCACACGUACCAGAAGGAGCAGCUGAACACGAAGGGCCGGCCGUUCCGAGGCAUGUCUGAAGAGGAGGUGUUCACCGAGGUGGCCAACCUCUUCCGGGGCCAGGAGGACCUGCUCUCGGAGUUUGGACAGUUCCUUCCUGAAGCCAAGCGGUCCCUGGUGAUCACACACGUGGAAGGGAAUUCCAGACUCAGUGUCCAGCGUCACCAUCCCUUUGCCUCAGAGCAGGAGGGGAGCCCAGAACCGAGGGCAGUGUGGGCCCCGCAGCAGAACUGGCUCUGUGGCCCAGACCUGGCGGGGAUCCUGGACUAUUCCCGCGAAGGUUUCAUUUCCUUCCCAAGAUGUGACAGCCUUGAAGUCCCUGGCAAAAAGAUGGAAGGAUCCCUGGCCCUGGACCUUAACUGCUAUCCCUGUACCCAUGGGAAGUGACUUUGUCCUGUUUAGAAAACCCAUCCUGUUCAUACAGAUGGAGAUGCAGAUGAAUACAGAUGGAGCUUCACUUACUCACCCGCUGCUCGCCUCCUGCUGUGUGGUCUGGUUCCUAACAGGCCACUCACCGGUACCCGUCUGCAGCGCAGGGGCUGGGAACCAAAGAUUUAUAGGAUUUCUUUGAAGCCUGAUUUGGAUAUUGGGCCUCAAAUCUCCAGAGAGAUUUUUCUUUGCUUUAGCCAGUCUUCUAGAAUAUCAUAAGGGGUUUGUGAUUAACUUAAGUACUUAGCUUAAGAUUUUUGGACUGGCAAGAAAGCAUUAAUUUAGUCCAGAAACCUAUAUUUGUAGUUCUAAAUUCUCUUUGGUAAUUUUUUCAUCCCUCUGCUUGUACAAAAGUUUGAUAGUCACUUUUCCUUCUAGGGGGAUAUGCUUGUCUGGUGUCUCCUUACAUCGAGUGUUCUUGCCUUAUAGGGAGAAGGAUCUCGUUUUACAUUUUUCUAGUCUGGCAGGCUCUGGGUUUUGUUUUCUGCACCUUGUACCCUACAGACCUUAGAAUCUGAAAUUUUGGUUCAUUUGCAUGGGCACAUACCUUCCAGUUAAAAGCCAACUAGCUCAGGCACAGUGGUGCACCUGUAGUCCCAGCUACUUGGGAGGCUGAGGCAAGAGUUUUGGGCUGUAGUGUGCUCUGAUCUCACUUGUGAAUAGCCACUAAACUCUAGCUUGGACAACAUAGUGAGACCCUGUGUUAAAAAAAAUAACAACAGUGACACCAAUCACAAAGCCAAGUUUGAGUUCUCUUUUAUAUAUCUGGGUCCCGCCUCUACUCGGACUCCUGAAAACACCUUCCUUCCUUCCUGACGAUUGAUCUCAUCCUAUCUUUGCUCUGCACCUGGGAGAAGAAGCUUGUCAUCAACAUUGCCAGUGUGAAAUUGAACACAUUUUAGUUCCCUGAACAAGGGGUCAGACUUAGCUCCAGAGCUAAGCUUACAGUUGACAUCUCUUUGUUUAUGGGAGGACACAUGUCUUGAAAGGUUUAGGGGCUAAGUGAAGAAUUGACUUAUGAACAGUUUGUGAGGGCAGUCAUCCAGAGACACGUGGGGCCUUGUGGGGUUUUGUUUGUUCGUUUGUUUGGGGGGAUCUGACUAAUGUAAAAUACCUGAAUACCAAGUUGGGAAGCAGCAGUCAUGUAUUUGGGAAAGGGACAGCAGUGUCACAUGACUCAUGACUCAAUGUCCAGACUUAACUUUCCCUUUGGCAUAACGAGUUUGGUUGGUCUUGAUAUUUUUUUAAUUUAUUUUAUUACAGAACUGUGAACUAAAAUAAAAUCUUAAGCCCCCCCAGAUGACUGAAUGGACCCCCUCUUGGCCAAGGGGACUCCAGAGAAACUGUAAAGCUGAGUUGUAGCCAUGAGGGGAAGGGAGGUCACACGUGCCUAGUUAUGCCCAUCCCUUCUGGAGUUACUCUUUGUAACAACAGGAUGCUAAGUCAUUAACAGGCCUAAGGCCAUUUAAGACAAAGGUUAAACCACAUCUGCCAUCAUCAAAUUACUUCGCAGGUGACUUGCGUCUCAGUACAUGUCCAGUGGCUUGUCUUUGAUUAAUGGACUUUCUUAACUUAAAACACUCCAAGCCUUUAGACAAAGCUUCAUUUCUUUAAACAAUUGCAAAUCAAAGAAUCCUUAACGCCCCCCCGCCCAUAACCUGUAAGCCUCUGCUUCCAGAUGUCUUGCCUUUUCAGGCCAAACCAGUGUACAGCUUCCAUGUACUGAUUUAUGAUUUUACAUGAUAUCCCUUUCUCCCUAAAAUGUACAAAACCAAACUGUAACCCAACCACAGCAGGAUCACUUGCUCAAGGCUUCUUCGGUGUGGCUGUCUGGGUCACGGUUGCACAUACUUGGCUUAGAAUAAGCCUCUUUAAAUUACAGAGUUUGGAUUCUUUUCCACUGACAGAGCCAAUGUUUAUUUUUUAUUAUAUCACAGGGAGGCGCGCCACUGAUGUCAAACUCUCUGGCUUGGAUCACCAGGACAAGAGAGAUGGGGUAGAAGUUAACCAAGAAGAGAGGCAGGGCUGUCCAGUUUGAGCAGAAGACACCGAACACUUACAUUGCUUGAGAGAAACCACUUUCCAACACACCCAGCUCCAAGCUACCCUUAUUCUGGGAAGCCUUCCAGCUGCUCUUGUCUCAGGGCUGAGUCCUGGAGUCCCACUCUGGGCUCCCCCCUCUCCUGUCCUCCCUUUGACCCUGCCGCAAUUGCAAGGGGCUGGAGGCUUCUGAAUCCAGGUCUGUAUCCCCCAAGACUGGGAGCUCCUCAACCUCCGCAGGGGCCGGGGCUCUUUGGGCAGGAAGAGGCGACAGGGAGCCCUUGCUGUGUGCUGGAGGAGGGAGUUGGGCUGCAGGUCCCUGAAGGCCCCCUGGGUCCCCUCCCGGCCUCUCCAGACCCAGAGGACAGCCCUUCCAGGUUGGCUUCCUGGAGAGGCCCAUGGGAAUGUCCUGCCGGGAAGGCCACAGCAGGUAUAAAGCGCACAGCAUCUGAACCAAGAGGCCCUUGGUCUGGCCCCUACCUACACCUGCCUGCAGGCGCCCCCGAGAGCAUCAGACAGGGGUGCUUUCCUGCCUUCUCCUUCUGGCCGGUGGAGAGGGACCGGGAGUGAGAGGGUACGAGGCAGAAUCAGAGAGCUGUGGGUACAGCUGUCCAGCCUGGAGAUGGGGUGCAGGGCUGGGGAGAAGAGGGGAAGAGAGGGAGUCCUCAGCCUCAGGUGGCUGGCUGCGGUCUUCUCUGUUUGCCUGUCUGGUUCCUGGUUGUUCAGCCAGCCCAGGUGCCCACUGCAGCUUAUAGGUCAUCGGUUUCCAACCGGACAUGAUUCUGGCCCUCAGGGGACAUUUGGUCAUGUCUGGAGACACUUUGGUUGUCACAACUUGGGGUGGGGUUCUUCUGGCAUCUAGUGGCUUGAAGCCAAGGAUGCUGCUAAAUGUCAGACAAUGCACAGGGCAGCCCCCACCAUAAUGUCCCAGCCCCAAAUGUCACCAGUGCUGAGGUCGGGAAACCCUGUGCUGGGUGUAUUUUGCCUUCGCUGUUGUGUCCCUGCUAGCCUGGGUGGGAAGAUGUGGGGAAGGCAGGGCGGAGCUGGGCACGUCCCCGUGCUGUGAGAUGUUUGCUCAGCGCCUGUGUGUGGGCCAUCCUCAGUGAGACCAGAGUGGCAGAGCUCUGUCACCUGUCAGAGGAGAUGGGGAAGCCCAGCCCCGAGAGCCCUGGGUGCUCUACCCAGCAGGAGGUGGGAAGGCAGACCGCAGGGGUGAGGCAGGGGCUUGGGGAGAGGGUGACAGUUGGAUCAGCCCCUGGGGAAACUGUUGUGACAUUACCAGAGGUCCUCAGGGCCCUGCUGGGGUCAGAGCCCCUGAGUUUAGAAUGGGGUCAGUUAGUGACAUCUGGUACCGAAGGAUGAAAACCAACCAGCUCAGAAGACCGAAAACCGUAUCAGAAUCAAUGACAAUUCCAUUUGUUAGGUGAACCCUGAGCCCUUUACCUGAAUCCUCGUGGACUCUCCGAAGGCGGUUCUCUGGUUACCGCCAUUCUUGCAGUUGGGCAGAAGACGCCCAGAGCUGGAAAGUUCUUUCUCCAAAGUCACACAGUGGGAGCUGGGGUUGGAGCCCUGGGUCUGAUGACUCUAUGGCUUGUGUAUGUUUCAGAACAUUCUCUCUGGAAGCCAGAGGGGAGUGGGUGCAGAGAAGGAGUGUGGGGAGGGGUCCCUGAGGGAGGGGAUGGAGCCAGGAGGGUGGAGGGGAGGGGAGAAAAGGGAGAGCUGUGUAGCAGGGAGAGAGGACGCCAAGUGCUGGGAGGGUGAGGGACAGAAGGGAGCUGAUGCUGGUGCGUGACUUCUGGGGAGGGCGAGUGGGUGGUCAGAGACUUUUUCCCCCAGGUCUUAAGUGCAGUCUUCCCAUGUGGGUUCCUUCGUCCUCAUUCCUGUGAAGUUCCUCAUUGUCCAGGUGAUUCCCUGUCCUCCAAGCUCCAGGCUGACCCCUGCUGGGGGAAUACUUGGGAGACAAUGCCCUGAUAACACUACGCAGAGAAACUGUGGGUGGUCCUGUCCUGGAGACAAGGAUUUCAGUAACUCUUGUUAGCAAAGUGGCUGAAGCUAUUUGUAAAAAUAUUUUUGUCUCAUUUUCUGGUAGAUUUCAGGUGCAGAGGUUUGAGUCCAUGAUAUCUCCAGUUCGUGGUGUUUGAUGACCAUGGGUUGCAAAAGAUCCUUUCUUAUUUUGUUUAUUGAUCACCUUUCUUUCAAUCCAUUUCCCUUCAUUUUUUUUGGACAGACAUUCUAACAUACUGAACGUAUGUGUACUUUUUGUAUAUGUUCUUAUAAGCUACACAUUGCUUUCUAUGUGCACAUAUGUUUUAAAAUUAUUUUAAAAUUUUUAAACGAAUGGACUUGUUUAUUAGAGAAAUUUUACAUUUGUAGAAAUAUUGACCAGAAAGCAUAGAGAUUUCCCACAGACCCCCUCAUCCCUGUAAAUAAGAGUUUUCUUAUUAUUUACAUCUUGCAUUAGUGUGGUGCAUGUGUUAAAAUUGGUGAACCAGUAUUGAUACAUUAUUAUUAACCAAGUUCCACGGUUUACAUUAGGGUUCACUUUUUGCACCGUACAUUCUGUGGAUUUUGACAAAUGACAUGUGUCCAUCCUUACUGGAUCAUACAUGAUAGUUUUAUGUACAUAUAUUUUUAAUGUGCUCAAAUGGAAUUGCACUACAGAGUUCAUAUUUUUUGCUUUAUGCACUUGAUAAUAUUUUUAAAAUUCGCUUACAUUGGUAUGUAUGCAUCUAACAUAAUAAUAGAUAAGUUGCAUUGAUUCCAUUUUAUGUGGAAAUUUCCAAUAGACACAAAAGUAGAAGAAAAACAUGAUUUUUGAUGUCUCAGCUUCAAUAGUUGUAAACAUUAAACCAAUUCUGUUUCAUCUAUAACCCUGCCAUGAAUUGGCUAUAGUAUUGAUAGGAAAAUCCCAAGCACUGUAUUACUUAACCCAUAAUGACUUCAGUAUGGACCUCUGACACGUGACACUUUCUUUGAAAGAUACAACCACCAUCCCACUAUCACACGUAACAAAUAGCCCAUAAUAAGAUAGCCAUGCCUGUUCCCUCCAAGUGUGUUUCACACUAUUGUGCUGCAGUGUCAGCGUGUCCUCCUAGGGCAUGUACUCUCGAGCCCCGGGGGGCAGAGAGAAGGAUGGAUGGGUGGGUGCAGAGACACACACGGAGGCAGCAGGACAAACCCUUGUGUCAAGGGCUGAGUUUCCAUAGAUCCCGCCAGGGGAGCUGCUGUGCUGGGAACGAAGUGCUGACCCAAAAGUGGGUCGUCUAGGAAUGGGUUAGCACCAGGUUCCCCAAGAACCUGCUUUGCGUGACGGGUGACGGGGAGGCCACCUCUUCCCUUGGCGCCCGGUUUCCCAUGAUGAGGGGCGCUCUGCACCAGAUCCCGGUCACUGGGCACGGCAGUGCGAGCAGCCAACCAAGGCUCCGCAGUGCUCCUUGAGCGUUUCUCGUAAAGGAGGAAAACUCAAUAUUGUCAGAACGUGAGUUCUUCCCAACCUCAUCUAUAGAUUCAAUACAGCCCCAACAGAAAUCUCAAGAAAGUCAUUUUGUGGAUACCAACAAACUAAUUCUAAAAUUCAUAUGGAGAGACAAAAGACCCACAUUAGCCAAUACCAUCUUGAAAGAGUAGAACGAAGUUGGAGGACUGACACUGUCCAACUUCAAGACAGUGUAAAGCUACAGUCGUCCAGAUGUCAUGGUGUUGGUGAAAGACAGUGCAACAGAAUAGGAAGCACAGAAAAUAGACUCAUGUAAGUACAGGCAACGGAUCUUUGCCAAAGGUGCAAAGGCAACGCACUGGCCCCCGGACAAGGAAAGAUAAUCUAUUAGGAGAAAAGGGGCCAGUCCAGGGUGGCUGAGUGCAGCUGGAGAGAUCGGAGGACUCAGCAGGGCUCAGUGGUGCAGAGCCCCUUAGGCUAUGAAGAGAUCAAUGUCUGUAGCGGGGCAAUAUUUUGAGACAUUAACUGAGGUUACUCUCAUUCUCCACCUCCUGGCACCUUCAGGGGCUCCAUCACUCUCAGAAAUAACUGCUUCCUGUAUGCACAGCCCUGGAGGGGAAAGGCCUGAUUGAGCACAAAUCUCACAGUACCUGUGUCCGAGUUCCAAGGCACGCUCUUAAAAGUUAUGGCAGUAACAACUACCUUGAAAGGCAGCAUGCUUCAACAGACUUUCUGAGAGAGGCAGUGAUAAGGCCACAUUUACUGAGCAUUAACUGUGCACUAGACACAGCUCUGAGUCCUUUGUAUUUAGCCCUCAGGACAAUCCUGAGGUAGGUAGUGUUGUCCCCAUUAUAUGGUUGAGGAAAUGGAGGCACAGAGAGGGACAUUAACUUGCCUCAGUCACAUAGCACAGUCCAGACUUGAGCCCAAGCAGUCAGGCUCCAGAUCCCACGCUUGUGGGGUUGGUAUUUGUGUCCAGUGGUCUGGCUUUGAAUCUCAACACUCAAAGGGGAUGGCACUGCCCCCACCCCACCCCAAGAUGGGCCCGGGAGGCCUAUGAUGGGAACGAAGGAGGAACCAGAGGGUGGAGAGGAGCCUCCCCUGACAGUCCUGUGGGAGCUCCUGGGUGGGCUCAGUCAGUGUGUGUUCUCCAGGCUGCGCGGGCAGCAUCAGGGGCCCAGAAGAGGCAAGGGAGGGGCUCCUUGAAGGUAGGGAAGGGGUCGUGGACGGGACCACCUGGGAGGGGCAGACACAGGGGUGGGACAUUGACAAGAGCAGGAAGGGAACUAACAAUCUCAGAGAGGCUGCCAGGGUGGAAGCUGAAGGCCUCCCACGGUGUGUUCUGGGCCGGUCAGGGGGCUCUGUCUGGGGGUCACUCACUAGAUAAAGGGAUCUGCCUCUAUGAAUUCAUCUUUUUAUCUAAGAGCCUCAAUCUUGCCCCUUAAAUUUGUCCUUAACCUGGUCCCUCUACUGCUCAAACACCUCCCAUGGCUCCCUAUCGCCUGCAGAGUAAAGUCCAUACUUGGACUCUGAGAGAACCAGCGAUUGGCACAGGAGCACUGUGCUAAGCCAGAGAGGCGGUCAGGGUGUCCAGCUGAGAGACCCCAGCCUGGCUCCACCCACCCAGGCCCACCCCCUGGGUCCCUACAGUCCCCAAGCAUCCCUGCUGGCUGUUGGCUAGGCUCAGGCAGAAGUGACAGCACAGGUUUAUUUCCAGGAAUCUGCAAAGGCAGAUGGAAGGGGUAGAGGGGUCACUGCUGGCUUGCCUCCAGUGGCUCCAGCCGCAGCCAGAGGCCACCCUCGGCUUGCAGGAUCAUCUCCACCUUCCGGUCAGGCAGGACGCGGAAGCGCAGCAGCGUGAGCACCAGGACCACCUUCAUCUCGGUCAUGGCGAAGGUCUGCCCGAUGCAGUUCCUGGGAGCAGAGGUGGGGACUCUGAAUUCACCCAGGACCCCCAUCCAGGCCCCAUCGCGCCUGGAACCUGGCCUGGGUCCCCCACCUCCACCCACAUCACCUUGAGGGGCAGAGUGAGGAGCUAAGUAUGCCCAGGACCCCACCCACCUCUGACCCUCCUCCCCUACACACACACACACACACACACACACACACACACACACACACACACACACACACACACACACACACGCACAAUGUGGGCUUGCAUAACCCCAGGGCCUGCCCCAGACUGCAGCCCUGGACUCACAACAGCAGCCAGGGAAGAGUCCCCUAGCAGGGAUCCCAUUCUAAGGACCUUAGCCCUUAACCUCGGGAGCGAGGAGGAAGGAAAGCUGAAACUGUGACUAUCUGUAGCUCCCCUUCCCCCCAACUUUUGCCACUGUCAUGCCCAGACCCUGCACGCAUCCCGCACCCCAUCCCUGCCUGGGAAACACCCUACCCUUACCUGGGCCCUGCAGAGAAAGGAACUAAAGGCAGAGGUGACCACUCCUUGGUGUUUUCUGGGUUGAAGCGGGAGGGGUCAUACACCCGGGGGCGAGAGGGAGACAGGGUUGUUGGGUGGGUCUCCCAGGACAGCCAGCCUUGGAGAGACAGAUGAGGGUGUCUGAUAGUCAGGGAAAGAAGUGAUCUCGGAUUUCCCUGUCAAAGCCCUGCCCCACCAGGAUCCCUGGAAUGGGUAAAAAUGGUGGUGUUGGGGGAGUCAGCACCUCAGGGUCUGGCCACACAGCUGGGUUGUGAUGGGUCCCUAAAGUAUUGAUAAGGCAGAUGACACCUGUGGGAGAUGAGGGAGCAGUCAGGACAGGGUCCCACUGCCUGAUAGGCCCCUGUUCCUGCCCAGGAGCCUCCUCCCCCUGUUACUGUGGGCACCUUUGGGGAUGACCCGGCCAUCUGGGAGCACAACAUCCUGGGUGCAGCAUCGGGAGACCGUUGGGACUGGAGGAUGCAGGUGCAGACUCUCCUUAAUGCACAUGGUCAGGAAGGGCAGCCGGGCCAGGGCAUCCCUGUGGAACCCCCCCCCCC